UGUUGGUUCACUUGAAAGCAGAGCAGUAAAGCACAAUGUUUCAAGGUUGGUACAAGACACCUUCAGACGAUCAGCCAAAAGAGCCACCUGCUCUUCUGGACAAACCCUGGAGGGAAUUACGCUGGGGAAACGUACAGGAGGAUCGUCAAUAUGUGCAGGAAUACAAGCCUGCACAAGAUGACAUCAAGUACCUUCGAGUCCUCCUGUACGGACUUGUUGGUCAUGGGAAGUCCAGUUUCAUCAACUCUGUCAGUAACGUCAUUCGAGGACGGAUCUCCAUUCCUGCUUUGGCCGGUGCCACCCACUCCGAAAAAAGCUUCACUAAAAUGUUUGAAACUCAUAAAUUCAAUAAAGGACGAGGAAAUGAAAAGACAAUUUACCCUGUGGUCUUCAACGACAUCAUGGGCGUGGAAGAGGGGGACAACAGAGGAGUUCAUGAAGACGACAUCAAGCUGGCUUUGAAAGGACACGUGAAGGAGGGACACAAGUUCAACCCAGUUUCUCCACUAAAUGAAGGUGACCUGGGCUACAACCCGAACCCCUCUGUUGACGACAAAGUCCAUGUGCUUGUUUUUGUGUUCUCUGCCAACGCUCUACAGAUUAAAUCAUCAGUUCAGAAGAAGAUGAAGAUUGUCAGAGGAACAGCCAGUAAACUGGGAAUUCCUCAAUUGGCCAUGAUGACGCACAUCGAUGAAGCUUGUGGUGAAACUGAGAAAGACCUGAAGAAUGUGUACAAGAGCAGACGCCUGAAAAAAAAAAUGACAGAGUUCAGUGCAGCAGCGGGACUCCCAAUGAACUGUAUCUUUCCUGUGAAGAACUAUAGCGAUGAAAUCGACCUGAACGAUGAUGUUGAUACUCUGAUCCUGAGCGCCCUGCGGAAAAUGAUCGACUUUGGAGACGACUUUAUUGAGAAGAUUUAAACAGAAACAUAGAUGAACCGCCGAGAUGGAAAAGGUUCAGUUACAUAUGCUCUAUAUCUAUAGGACAUAUAAAACUUCAAGUUUAGGUUAAGUUAAACAAAAAAAGGUCUAUUUUUGGAAUCUAGUUUCAUAAUUUAGAGGUAAAAGGAACUUUCAGUUUAAGUUAUUCUUUCCAUCAAUUAAUAGAUUUUACAGUAAAAUUUGGGUUAAGAUAAUAGAGCAAAGUAUUAGCAAAAACAGCUCCUCCCAAUGUUAGAUUUACGAGUGAAAUAAAGACGGAGUAAAAAAAAUGGCUGCGUUGACAUGUCAUUCAGUGUCAUAACGCAAGACAAUAAGAGGAAAAUUUAUAUUCUGUUGACAGAAAUGGUUGUAAAUCAAGAGUAUGAACUUUACCGGGUUUUAUUUUCUUAAAAAUGUAAACAGGUCUUUAUGUCAAAUUUAUUUUUUUUAUGUGACCUGUCUUUCAUCCUUUUGAUUUAUCAAGUUUCCUCCACCUCUGUUUUUCUUGUAAAACAAUAGCAGUUACCCGGCUUACAAAGGAGCUGUACAAAUCUCACUUUGCCUUUUCUUACGCAUAAAUAUCAUAUUACAUUGAUAGUUUUUAUGUUAAACAAUUUUACUGUAAGCAUUCA